AUGGUGUGCAAUGGAGUGUUUCAAAAAUUGAAAGAGUUUGGGCUUAGACCAAAAAUUUGCAAAAGCCUGUUUCCUAUUCUUUACCGGGAGCCCUCUCCUCACCCUUCAAAACUUUCUUGUACUUUUCCGACAACCAUUAGCCUUGAUCACGACAAUUUCAUGAAUUUUCAAGAAAGCGGCCCAAAUUCAGCGUACACCAAUAAAACCUAUCCCAGGUUAUGUGUACUGAAUGGUCCUGCAAUGGCAUUUUUACCUCCUCUAUUGGCAUACAAAGCUCUUCGUGCAAGUGAGUGUACGUUCACCGAAUUAGACACUGUCAGCCCCGAUAUUUGGCAAGGAAGAUUACAAGAGAUAUCUGGAAGUCUUCUAGUCGCAUGUGUCUCCUUCUUAAUAAUUGGUGGAACAGGAAUGGCCGGUCUCUUGGCAAGGCUUAUUGGUCCAAUUACGAUUGUUCCUCUGAUGAUUUUGCUCACAGCAAGUGUAGUGCCUACUGUCGAGAGCAAACUGUCACUUCAUUGGAUCUCAUUAGUGUAAGC